AUGCUGCUGGGAGCUCGAAAAAUCAGCAGACACUGGUGUACUCGUCGUCCAAAUCUCAGCCUCUCCCAUACUCCAAGCACCAAGCUCAACUCCCACAUCUCAGCCUCGUUGCAUUCUAUCUGUCAGGUCGAGGAAUUGGACGACUUCUUGCCGUGGUUGGAGCGCAAGGGCGGCACCGAGAUAUCGUCCGUGCUUUCGAUUGGGAAAUCGGCCUACGGAAGGUCUCUGUUUGCUUCGAAGACCAUAAGAGCCGGAGACUGCAUAUUGAAGGUUCCAUUCAACGUGCGGCUAGCUCCGGAUAAUCUCAAUCCUGAACUGAAAGCUUUGCUAGGUGAUGAUGUUGGCGAUGUUGCCAAGCUCGCCAUUGUCGAUUCUGAAUGGGCCCCUUACAUAAGCCGUCUUCCUCGCCUGGAGGAGAUGCAUAACACAAUAUUUUGGAGCGAAGGUGAGCUGGAGAUGAUUCGUCAAAGCUCUGUGUAUCAGGAAACAAUUAAUCAAAGAUCUCAAAUACAACAGGAGUUUUUGGCAAUUAGGACGGCUCUCAAGAACUUUCCCGAAACAUUCGAAAGUAUCACCUAUGAGGAUUUCAUGCAUGCAUAUGCUUUAGUUACUUCUCGAGCAUGGGGAAGCACAAAGGGCUAUUCCCUGAUCCCAUUUGCUGAUUUUUCGAAUCAUGACGGGACUUCAGAAUCAAUUGUGUUGAGUGAUGAAGACAAACUUUUUUCAGAGGUACUUGCUGAUCGUAAUUAUACUCCUGGUGAACAGGUACUAAUAAGAUAUGGAAAAUUUUCAAAUGCUACCCUGCUGUUGGACUUUGGGUUUACUCUACCAUACAACGUUCAUGACCAGGUCCAGAUCCAGGGCAGCAUACCUCAUCAUGAUAAUCUUCGUGAAAUGAAGUUGGAACUUUUGAAGAGACAUCACAGACCAGUCAGUAAAGAUGACAAUGGUUUCAGCUCUUCAAUGGAUUCUUUCACCAUCAAGGAAAUCAGGUCUGGUAGUGGAAAAGGGAAAGGAAUUCCACAAUCACUUCGUGCAUUUGCUCGUGUUCUAUGUUGCACCUCUCCUCAAGAACUUAGUGACCUGGUCGAGGAAGCUGCACAACAUGAUGGACGAUUGGCUCGGCGUCCUUUAACGAACAUCAGCAGAGAGAUUAAAGCACAUCAGAUGUUGAUAUCAACAUUAACCCAAUUAGCUGAGGAUUAUGAUGCAUCUGUUAAGUCUUUGGGGCCGGUAAGUUCUCCCGCUACGCGUGAAAGACUUUCUCAUCGGAGGCAAAUGGCUCGGGAUCUCCUUAGUGGCGAGCUUCGUAUCCUUGAAUCUGCUUCUGCGUGGCUAAAGAACUACUGCACAACCUUGACGGCAACUGACUGCCAUAGAGAUGGUGUAUGUUCUACAAAACUACUAAGGAGCAGGACUGAGAGGGGAGAGAUGUAA